GUUCAGGAAUCCCACGUGACGUCACCCGGGGGUGACGUUAUGCUUCUCUAAAUAGAUCGUAUUGUAAUCUUUUCUCAGUCCAACGUGGUUUCUUUUCAGAGACUGCUUCAAAUUUUCUACACUUGUUUGGUAAGUUGAAAACCUCACACCACCAUGCAGAGGACCGUGCACGCGCCCCUGCAGUUUUAUGAGAAGGUGGCCAGAGUGAUGAACUCGGACCAGGAAAGGCCGUAUGUGUGCAACGCUCCUGGCUGUUCUCAGCGAUUCCCCACGGAGGACCAUCUGAUGAUACAUAGACACAAACAUGAGAUGACCCUUAAGUUCCCCUCCAUAAAGAACGACAACAUGUUAUCAGACCAGACGCCCACACCAACACGCUUCUUGAAGAACUGUGAGGAGGUGGGAUUGUUCAGUGAACUGGACUGCUCCAUUGAGCAGGAAUUUUGCAAAGCCCAGGAAGAAGAGGACAGUAAACAGAGCAUCUCAUUGCACGGCCAGACAGGCCAAGGCCAGCACCAGCAGUCCCACUCACGGAUGGGCAACCAUGAUACCAGCAUAGUGAUCCAGCAGGCCCUGCCAUCUCCUCAGUCCAGCUCCGUCAUCACUCAGGCUCCAUCGACCAACAGACAGAUAGGGCCUGUCCCUGGCUCUCUGUCCUCAUUGCUGCACCUGCGAAACAGACAGAGACAGCCUCUGCCAGCCUCCAUGCCUGGAACUCUGCCAGACCCGACCAUGCCUGGCUCCUCCGCUGUGCUGAUGCCUAUGGAGAGACAAAUGUCCAUGGGCUCCAAUAUGAUGGGUAUGCAAGGACCCGCCCACAGCAGCUCUUGCUCUUCCACUCACAUUCCCUCCAUGCACUCAGAAGCCAAACUGAGGCUGAAGGCUGCACUUUCACACCACCCAGGUACCAUUGCCAACGGCAACAUGAACUCCAUGGGCCACAUGAUGGAGAUGAUGUCAUCCCGGCAGGAGCAAGGCGCCCACCAUCACAUGCACUCGCACCCACACCAGCACCUGCAAGCCCCUCCUCACGCGUACCAGCACCACGGCCACCACCACCACAGCCAGGGCCACGGCCAGGGUGGACACCACCACCCGCAGGGACACAACCCCCAUCAAAACUCCCACAAUCCCCACCUACACCCUGGGCACCCACACCAGACCUCACCGCACCCUCCAAUGCACUCUGCUUCUCAUAUGUCACCUGCAACCCAGCAGAUGCAUCCCACGCAGACACUGCAGUCUCCGCCACCCAGCGGUGGGCGGCGCAGGCGAGUAGUGGAUGAGGAUCCGGACGAACGUCGGCGGAAGUUUCUGGAGCGGAACAGAGCGGCGGCAACCAGAUGCAGACAGAAGAGAAAAGUGUGGGUGAUGUCAUUAGAGAAGAAAGCGGAAGAGCUCACUCAGACCAACAUGCAGCUUCAGAAUGAAGUGACCAUGCUAAAGAACGAGGUGACCCAACUCAAGCAGCUUCUCCUCACACACAAGGACUGUCCCAUCACCACUAUGCAGAAAGAGUCCCAAGGUUACCUCAGUCCAGACAGCAGUCCGGCAGGCAGUCCAGCUCCAGCGUGCUCCCAGCAGCAGGUCAUUCAGCACAACACCAUCACCACCUCCACCACAACCAUAGGGGGCAGCAGUGUGCACGGACAAACCAAUCACCGCACAGACAUUAACCCCAUCCACUAG